AUGGCGUCCGAGAAACCCGGGAGCUUUCAACAAGAAUGUUAUUUCAUCCAUUACGACUACAUCUGUCAAACUUAUUUGCUGCAGCUUCGAUCGCUGAUCAAGAAGAAUUGCAAGAAUUUGGUACCAAUUUGUUAAGUAUGGAGAAUUUGGAUCGUACAUCUCCCGAAUUGUGGCCUGAGAAAAUUCCAGGUAUAACAGAAUUGAUGAGCAAUUACCAAUCUACUCCACAAAGUGCAACAAAGUUACCAUAUUCUAAAGACCUUACGCAAGAAGAUGAACAUUACUUGCAUCACCUGGCUACUUUGUCAGCACCAGCUCUCAUAGGAAAAGUAAAAGAACUACACGAUAUUGCUUAUCAGUUAGGGGUCGAAGAAUCAAAACAAGUAACCCGUGGAAAAUACUUGAAUCUUUUCAACAGGGAAAAAAAGAACUGA